GUGUGUCGCUCGGCGGGCUGCUGUACCGGUCCGGCGGGGUGACGGGACGUGGAGGAAAGCAUGGCAGUGCCGGCCGGGAGAUCCGUGGUGUUUGUGACUGGAAACGCCAAGAAACUCGAGGAGGUUAUCCAGAUCCUUGGGGACAAAUUUCCCUACAAACUUAUUUCUAAGAAGAUUGAUUUACCUGAAUACCAAGGGGAACCAGAUGAAAUCUCAAUACAGAAGUGUCAGGAGGCAGCAAGACAGGUAGAUGGGCCGGUGAUCGUGGAGGACACCUGCCUGUGUUUCAGGGCACUGGGAGGGCUACCAGGGCCAUACAUUAAAUGGUUUUUGGAUAAACUGAAGCCUGAAGGCUUGUAUAAGCUCCUGGCAGGUUUUGAGGACAAAUCUGCUUGGGCUCUAUGCACAUUUGCUUUUUGUGCUGGCAAAAAAGAACCUGUUCAGCUCUUUAGAGGAAUCACUGAGGGCCACAUUGUAGAGCCCAGGGGACCAAGGGACUUUGGGUGGGAUCCCUGUUUCCAACCAGAGGGAUAUGAUAAAACAUAUGCUGAGCUCCCAAAGGAAGUGAAGAACAAAAUCUCCCACCGAUACCGUGCGCUGGCAGCCAUGUCUGAACACUUCUCCAGCCUGAACGGUGAACCAGCAGACAAACGGCCCAAACAGGAUGACUGAAAGUCUGUUAGUCAUUAAUCUGUCUAUUUAAUGUUUCAGCAUUUUGUCAGCUGGAUGCACUACGAUAGUUAAUAAAUAUGCUGUUUGUAAACGGUUUCAACACUUAAUCCAUCCAAUGACUUUUAUAAUAAAACAUAUUGUGUAACAUAUUA